CGUGCUCGUUUUAGCAUUCCCAUAUGCGCAAGUAGCUUCCUCACUUCCGAUAGUUACACUCGUUUCUAGUUUGACAUAUCAGAGUAGUGCUAAAUGAUACUUAAUAGCACUCAUAGGUAAGUGCCAAUUAAAGUGCGCAACUUAUACACGAUAAAUUUAUAUACUUUGAUAUAUACUUACGAUCACGAUGCGGCGUAGACUAACAAGAGGUGCGGUUCAGGCAGCUCGGCCAGCUGACAGUGACGAAGAUGAACGGAAAGCAAGCAAAUCCGAUCUUGAGACUUCCGAUGGAUCGAGUUCGAAAGCAUCCGAUACUAUUCAAUCUAAGAGCUCUUCGCGCUCACGUGCUUCACGGAAUGUAAGCCGAAGGUCAUACAAGGAAAGUAGGUCAUCCAGCAGUGAGGGUGAAGAGGAGCGUACCAGCACGAAAGAUAAAAGUGUUAAUACCGCGCGGGAAGCACGUGCGACCAUACGUACACGCACACGAGCAUCCGCGCGCACAUUGCAGUCUAGUAGAUCCAGUGGGAAGAGUUCGGGUAUUGCAGAUCAGCACAAGACUAUCAACUCGUUCUUCCAAAAGAAGAGUGACACGAAAGCGCCGUCACCCGACGAGUUGUUGGAGGCCGAGAGACGGCGUGAAAAUCAGGUGAGGCGUAUGGACCGAAGUGCAAAGGAUAUGAAGCGCAAGGGCAGGCGACAACAGAGUCAAUAUGGGGCUAAUAAGGGCACACGCACGUCGCACCGAAAUGCGAGUAGAAGGACAUGCUCGGAAGGCACUAGUGAUGAGGAGAGCUCGCAGAGUGACAGCGAGAGCCAAAGUGAGAGUGUGAGUGGGAUCAGUAGUGAUGAUGCGGAUGAGAAGGAGAACAAGAGUGUCCUUAGGUCUGAGAGUGUCAGUGAUGAGUCUGGGCCGGGGCCUCAAAGGAAGAGGGCCAAAGUGGCCGGCGGUGGUGGUGAUGGUAGGGAGAGUAGGGCUACGCGUAGUACGAGGACACGUGCCAGUGCCAGACGUGAUGUCAAGAGCACCGCAGCGGAAGAAAGUGCGGAAUCGAGUGCAAGCGACGACGAUGAUGAUGAUAAUAGUGAUGUUGAUGUACAACCCGAACGGAGAUCGGCCCGAGAUAGACAGGGGAAACGGAAUGGGGAUGUGAAACCCAAGGAGGUCAAAGGUGACAGGUAUACAAAUGCCAAAGCGAGCGCCGGUGAGCGUGAGAGCGAGAGUGAGAGUGAGAGUGAAAACGAGGGCGAGAGCGAGAGCGAGAAUGAUCAGGUUAGAGGUAAACUUGGCAAAGUGAAGGCGAAGAAGAGUGAGCCUAUUGUGAUACUCUCGUCUGACGAUGAGCCCAAGACAUCGAGAAGGGCUUCCAAGGGCGCCAAAGACGACAGCAAGGGUACGAGCACCAAUGAGGAUGAGGACGAAGAAGAGAGUAGUUUUGCGACAGUGAGAUCGAACUUUAAACGGGGUCUCAAAGGCAUGACCUACAGCGCCGGCAGACGCACCACCCGCAGUCAGGACUCGCAGAGUGUGGCGAUACAAAAAGCUAAGGCGGAGAAAGCUAAAGCUAUAGCCGAACAACAACCCUCCAAGGCGCGCAGAGCUGCGCAACUCGCGAGAACAAAUACUCGGAAGACUGCGACUGCGAGGGCCAGAUCUGUGCGACAAAAGAUGACCAAGAGCAACAAGGGAGCGUAUAGUGAGAGUGAGGAAUCGCAGAGUGGCAGUCAGGGUGACAGUGGUAGCGGCGGUGGCAGUGACAGUGGCACGGGCGAAAGUGACAUCAAUAGUAGUGGUAGUAGCAAUAGCGAUGGGGAGAGCGAGGGCGAUAGCGCAAGCAGUGCAUCUCCUGUGAAGGUGACGCGAAAGCGGAAACUGGGCCAGAAGAAGCGCAAGGCGAGUAGUGUGAGGGCGCUGGAUUUGACCAAGAUCAACAACGGGUUCAGCAAAUCCGGCAGAGUGAAGGUGAGUGGAGUGAACACAGCUAAGAGUACUGCGUGA